AUGGAUUUUGCAGGUGGUGGUGCGAUCUCGAUUCAGAGCGGGAUUCGAUGGACGCGCGUUGUGGGAUUUUCGAGCGAAAAGGAGGAUGGUGUUCCUGUGCUGAAAUUCGACGGCGACGAGAAAGAACAAGUUGAACACUUACCGACUGAUGGAUAUGUGCCGAACGGCUGGAUGGAUGGUUGUCGAAAGUCGAAGGGUCGAACGAUUCCUCUCACGGCCUGCGGUUCGGGGAGGGCGAAAAUGUUCUGCUGUGGGCAGCUAAGCGAGGGCGGCGAGUGGGUGACCAGUCACGAAGGUCGAGGGCCCCGGAUCGGAGAAACCACGUAA